CGAGCAUCUCAUUUAAUUAUAACUGCUUUACUAUUCAAGAAUGUUAAAUAUUAGUACUCGUCAAGUGUCAAGGGGUAUCCCGCGACUUAGCAGAAGGCUUGUUACUUCUAAAGUAGUGACAUUUGAAACUAAAAAUAGCAUACUCGAGAAAUAUAAAAAGCCUGAAGAAAUUGAAUCUCCAAGUCAAUUAGCUGAAGAUUCUAGUUUACCAAUUAUAGAACAAAAUUUAAAGACUAAACCUCGUUUACCUACUCUGAAGAGUCCAUUUUUAUCCGACCAUCUGAUUGAAAAUCCAGAUUAUGAAAUGUCCGCUUGGAAACAAGCCAUAGGUCAACAAUUUAUUAAACUUUUCCAAAUUGAUAUGGAUAAAUCAAGAGCUGGUCCUGUUGCUGGAUCCAUUUAUUUUGGUGAAUGUAAGAGACAAGGAUUAUAUUAUCCAGAUGAACCACUUAGUGAUACUGCCAAGUUUUUCUAUGAGACUUUACAUUUACCUCAAUCAUUUAGUCAACAAUUUCAAAUAAGUGUUUUACAUUAUUGGAUGUUAUCAGUAAGGAUGAGAGCUUUACCUUUUAAAUAUGGUAAGAAUUAUCAACAAAAAUUAGUUGAUAGACUUUUUAAAGAUAUGGAAUUAAGAAUGGCUCAAGAAUUAAAUAUUAGUUCUAAUAGAAUCAUUGAAGGAUAUUUAAAAGAAUAUCAUACUCAAUUAUUAGGAUCUGUAUUAAGUUAUGAUGAAGGUUUAGCAAGUGAUGAUAUUACUUUAGCAUCUGCUUUAUGGAGAAAUUUAUUUAAUGGUAAUCCAAAUGUUGAUAUUAGACAUAUUGAAGCUUUAUUGGUUUAUGUUAGAUCUCAAUUAUACGUGUUAAGUAAAAUGACUGAUAGAGAAUUUGGAUUUGGUAAAUUUAAAUUUGUUCCACCAAAUAAAAAUGUUAAACCAUUAACAAAGAGUCAAGAACAAGAAUUAAUUGAAAAGGCCAAAAAGGAAUUUCAAGAUAAUGAUUUACCAUCACAAAGGAGUGUAUUAUCCUUAGAUGAGUAAAUUACAGACUACUACUGGUUAUACAUAGAAGCAUUAUAUAAAAUUAUUUAUACCUGUAAAUACAUAAAAUGGGAUAAUCCCUUGAUAUAA